UCCAACUCCUACUCCCUCUUCUUCUUCCUCUUCCUCGGCUUUCACUCUUUCGUAUUAUCACUCUGUAUUCCACCUCCCUCAUCCUCUCUCUGUCACUGUGGGAGAGCUGCAGGCAGACAGAGGCAGCAUACACUAAUGUUACUAUAUUUGACAAGACACACACACACACAUAUUCUCCCUGCCACAUGCACGACUGCACACACAUAGGGGAAAAGAAGAAGAAGGGGAGGAGGUGGGGGCACACACACACACACACACACACACACACACACCGGAAAGACAGCCCUCAAGUGUACAUGCGUGGAUAAACACACACACACUCCGACGCGUGCUGAGUGCAGGAAUCACAAACAUAGCGACACACAGAAGGGCAAGCGCGUGACGCCAGCAACCUAAUGCCGUUGUCUCUCUUUCUCUCUCUCUCUCACACACACACUCCGUCUCUGUUUUUCACACACACUCACGCCUCUCAGACGCACAAGGCUGCGCGCAAGCCAGCGAGCAGGACGGCGCUGGACGCAUCAUUCAUAUAGGGAAUAGAUCGGAAGAAAAGGAUUAACUCUCUCCAUCCCUCUCCCUCUACGGAACCUCAUCCUCUCUUCCCUCCUCUCUUGUGUCUCUAAGCCUCUCUUCACCUCGUUUUUUUUUUUCUACAAUCCCUCAUUUUUUUCCUACACAAUCCCUCCUUUUUCACAAUUUAUUGGUGGGGUUGAAGGGAAGCUUGGGGGGGGGAUUGUCUCUAUACAGAAAGGAGGAUUAUUCUUAUUCACUUGACCAGGAUCUUGAAUGGUAUGGAUUUCCUUUAACUGAUUUUCUUUUUUGAGAUUUUUUUUUUAUUUUUGGAUUAUUUUUUUUGCGAGGAUGGCUGACGGCAGAAAGCUAUAAGGCUGUUGCUGUCUGAGAUUAUUUGCUCAAAAGGUGUUUUGGUGCAGCUUUUCGCAGUCGCCGCCCUAGUGGAGGCUGCAGGCAUGGCGGCUUGACGCCCCCAUCGCCCCGCCCCUCCGAUUAGAGGAAGGCUGCAGAGCUCCGCGUCAUGCCCCCCCACACCCACCCCCCCGGGGGCACCGACCUGCUGCCCCCACCCAGCUCCACGACCACCCACCACCUGGCCAGACCCGUCUUCCUCUGUGUCCUCUGCCUCCUGGCGACGCUGUUGCCGGCAGCGUCCUCCUGCCCUCCUCCCUGUCUGUGCGACUCAGACGGCGUGGUGGUGGACUGCGGGGGCCGCGGUCUCUCAUCCCUGCCUCCCCUUCACCUCCUGCCUCCGGGGAGCCGCUCCCUCCUGCUGGCCAACAACAAGCUCGCCUCGCUGGGAGCCUCGGCCUUCGCUAACCUCUCCUCUCUGGAGGAGCUGGACCUCUCUAAUAACUACCUGGAUAAUUUACCAGCUGGAUUAUUCAGAGACAUGUCCAACCUGACGAGACUGACUCUGCACAACAACUCGCUAACAGUAAUGGACCGAGAGCUCUUCCAGGGUUUGGGGGGUCUUCAGAGUCUGGAUCUGUCCCUCAACGGUCUGUCCUCUGUUCCUCUAGGGGUACUGGAUGAGCUGCAGAGCCUCAGGUGGCUGUCUCUAGCAGGUAACAGGCUUCACGGUUUGGAGAGGGCGGCGUUUGAGCCGCUCGCCAAUCUACAACACCUGGAACUGGGACACAACCCCUGGGAAUGUGACUGCAACCUCCGCGAUUUUAAACACUGGAUGGAAUGGCUGCUGUACAGAGGGGGGAAGGUGGACGCGGUGGAGUGCACGCUACCGAAGGAUCUGCGUGGGCGAGACAUCCGCGGCGUUCCGGUGGAGAUGUUCAACUACUGCCUCCAACUUGAGGACGAGAACGGCGGAGGAGGCGAGGGCUCUCGUUCCGGCCAAGGAGGCGUUCCUCCCUGCAGCAGGAACGCUCUUAACCCCAGCGGGGCGACGCCAAUGUCUGACAACAGCAACACUGGCGAUGAGUCCUCUUCAAACACGGGAGCUGGAGGAGGAGGAGGAGGAGGAGGCGCAGAUGCCCCCUCGGAUUGCGUCCGCGCCCGCUAUCGACCCGUGAGCGUGCGCCGCGCCAUCGGCACGGUCGUGAUCGCCGGCGUGGUGUGCGGCAUCGUUUGCAUCAUGAUGGUUGCGGCCGCGGCUUACGGCUGCAUCUACGCCUCGCUGAUGGCCAAGUACCAGAGAGAGCUGAAGAAGAGGCAGCCGCUGAUGGGAGACGGAGAGGCGGACGGGGAGGACAGGGAGGAGAAACAGAUCUCCUCUGUGGCCUAGAGGAGGAGUGACGGGGGAGGGUUUGUCACGUCAAAGGGCGAAGGGGUGAAAAUUAAAAAAAAGGGCUCGAAGAGGAGAGAGAUGGAAGAGCUUUCUUGUUAUGGUAUCUCUCCCUCUGACUCUCAAACUGACACCUUUCUCCCACUUUUUGUCUUCCUCUUUCUAUUUUUAACCUUCUCCCUCUCUCUAACACCUCACACACACACAUACCUUAUCUGUUCCCUGGUUUUUCUCUUCCAUUUGGAGCCAUUCUCACUGCGGUAUUUGUUACCAAUCAUCCCUCCAACUCGCCUACCAACCACCUACUGCUGCUCUUGGCCGCUGCUGAAUUUACCAUUAUGCUGGCUGAGAGGAACAUGAUUUAGUAAUCUCUCUGGUAUACAACAUAUCAGUUAAGCUGUUACAAGACACUCAUGGGUGUACGGUCUGUCAGUAUUUCUCAAACUGGAUCGAAUUUUUUCAGGGAUUUGCAGUAUGUAUGGUGUCGAUUGGACCAAUAUUCACAACGAUGGGAAGUAGUAUUAGGUAGUGCCCAGCUCUCGUUUUGUUUGCAUCUUUCUCCUCCACAAUGCCAGUAGGUCCUCCAAAAACCAGGACCCCAACCCAGACCCCUUCGUCUGGCCUACUUGGACCUUCAAGUCCCAAAGAAACAGCCAGUGUUGCAAAGCUUAAUGGAUAAACACAAAGAGAUGUCAUUUAAAUAGUCAACGCCUCUCUAGCGCUUUCAGAGAGAAUACUGGGGAUACAUACAGAUUAUAUGUCGAUAGGAAAUCAAACUCUCCUGAGUCUCGUGUCUCUCGAGACUUGUUAGGGAUGUUUAAUAUGGAACGGGAAAACCAUUUGGAUCGACAAAAUGAUCAUUCACGAAUGGCUAGACCUUUCGAAAUACAUGAGGUCAGAGACACAGUUAGAUAUUCUCCCCUAUCUGGACCUAAUCUGUUUCUCUCUGGAUAUUCUAUUGGACCAAUAACAAUAACCUCCAGGUGUCACAGACUGGAGCUGUGUAUGGAGAAACAAACCAUUUGAACUGGAAUUUUGCUGUCACUUUUGCUCGGAAUAAGGCUCUCGCUUGCUUGAUGCUUGUUAAAUGAUGAUGAUCGAUAUCUGGACAGAUCAAAAGCCUCUCGAAAAUGCUCAUUUUCUGCUAUUACUUGGACUUCUGGUUCAGAACAGUAUUCACGAUUGUUUUAAUGAAGUUAUUGAGAUUUUAAAAGGACCACAGACUUUGCUUUGAAACAAAUAUUCUUUGUUCAGAACUCAUUUUCAGACUGAUGUCACCCCUCAAAGGUGGACGUUUGCGACUACGGCACGGAAGCACUAUCUCAGAGAACCCUGAAAGGACUACAAAAACGUCAUCUAAGGACUACAAACUUCAGACUCCUGCACUUUAUUUCCCUUAUCAGAAAUCCCCUCUGGCCUCUCUCUCCCUCCUCCCUCCCGUCUCUUUCUUUCUAAAAUGGACGAUUUGCCCAGAGGGAUUAAAACGAACAAGGGAUUAAACGAAAAGACGCUGCUAUUUUUCCCCCUCCUCCCCAUCCUUUUAUCUCUCCAUCCAUCUUUCCAUCCAGUGCUAUUUAUGGAAAGUACUUCACACUUCCUCAAAGACUUCCACCUCCUUCCUUUCCUUUCCUUACAUCCAUCCCUUUUCCCAUAUUGUUGUCCUAACAGUUUCCCUUAAAGGUCAGCAAUAUGCAAUGGAAGCUAUGUGAAAUUUCUGUCACCGCCAAAGAGUCUUUCUGUUAUAAACUUAGUAAUCAUCACUUAUUCGAGAGGAAUCGAUUUGAUUGGCACUCUCUCAUUCACAGAAAAGGGUUUGUUUGUUUGAUUUACAUGGUGUUUUCAUAAGUAUCCAUAUUCAUGCCCUGAAAUAUUUAUAUGUAAACGAAGACAUUCCUGUCUUCAGUGAUGUAAAAGCUCGGCUUUCAUUGCAUAUUGCUCCCCUACAGUAGAACUAUUGUUCCCUCUCGAUUAUGAAUUGGCUGGAAAUGAACCUAUAUUAACGGUGUGCUAUCUUAUACCUGGGUAUGAUGCAGAUAAAUAUUAUUAUAUUAGUCUCUAUUAUGGUGUGAUGGCCCAGCGGUUCCCCCCCCAAAAAUGUUUUUUGACGUAACUGUUUAUGGUUUUCUGUAUGAGUUCAUGCUGUAUGUCUUUUGUUGUGUUAAUGAUUUCUAUGUUUUGUUUUUAAUAUCUCUGUAAUGUUUGUUUAUUUGUCGUGUUCAUUUAUUUGUGUUCGGUAGUUGGUAAAGUUUCUGUAAGAUGCAUAGAAUGAGUUUAGCCAUUGAGAAUGAACAUGUCUCCAUACUGCUGUUUCGUCUCUGAAAUUUACAUGAGUCAGGUAACCUUAUUGUUUUAAUGUGAUUUUUUUCAUGUAGUGCUAUAGGACCAACUUUAUCUCCUACAAAUAAUAUUUAAUUAUGCAACUUAUUUGGAAUUUAUGAAGCAAGGAGAAACAUGCUGCCCAUAUUGUAAUUGUCAAGACAGACAGAACAUGUACAAGAUGUUGGGUUCCAACCAUAGACUGUAUAUAAUAGGUGGACGUAGUCAAAAGGACGUCACCCAUUGGUUUGUGGACUGCCAAUUUGAAGCCUUGAGUUCGGCAUUUUGUUUUUUUGCGACCAGAAUACGC